AUGGGUACUGAGUAUCAGCUAGUUGUGGAGAUUGCUCGCAGAAUUGAGGGUUAUCGCCAGAGGGAUAGAGAGCAGUUUCAGCAUGACCAGAGGGCCCGGUUUUCUGGAGAGUUCAGAGGUGCCCCAACUGGGGGGGCACACGGGGAGGGUGCGAUGUCGGAGAGUUCUUACUGCCCACCAGCUAUUCAGGGUUCCUCUGGUGGGUAUUCUGGUCAUUAUGGUUCUUCCAGUUCUUACUUCAGUGCCAUGCCAGAGAGUUCAUAUCGCCCACCAACCAUUCAGGGUUCUUUUGGUGGAUAUUCUGGUCAGCAGGCUCAGACUUCAGGGCGGCAGGCUAUGGUUCCGAGGGGUUGCUACGAGUGUGGAGAUCCAGGUCACAUGAAGAGGACCUGCCCCAUACUUCAGGGCAAAGCAGUACAGUAG